AGUGACUCGUGUCACGUGGUGUGGAGCGAUCAGCUGAUUGGCGCAUCACUUCCUGUUUAGUUCUCCCGGUGUGUCGGAGACGAGCUCGAGCGUCUCGAAGAUUAACCGCAAAUUGUGCGGGUUUUAACGCAAAUUCUCUCAUCUGGGCUUUUGGAACCACAGGCUGUUCAUGAACGCCUCGGAGAGCGAAGAGGACUCGUGUAACGAGAGGACGGCGCUCAUGAGCACAGAGAGUCCGUGCGUGCAGCCGUAUGACCGGCAGCGUGAGCCGCCCCGGGACCCUGACGCUGCCCGGCGUCGGCCCGUUAGCUCCGACUCGACAGACGCGAGGCGAGUCCCCCGCGACGCUGUUCCGGACGGCGAGGACGAGGAACUGACGCUGAAGUACGGCGCAAAACACGUCAUCAUGCUCUUCAUCCCCGUCACGCUGUGCAUGGUGGUCGUCGUGGCGACCAUCAAAUCCGUCAGCUUCUACACGGAGAAAAACGGCCAGCAUCUGUUCUACACGCCUUUCCGGGAGGACCCGAACACCGUGGGCGAGAGGUUGCUGUCGUCGUUUCUCAACACCAUCGUGAUGAUCAGCGUGAUCGUGGUCAUGACCAUCUUCCUGGUGCUGCUGUAUAAGUAUCGCUGCUACAAGUUUAUCCACGGCUGGCUGAUACUGUCCUCCCUGAUGCUGCUCUUCUGGUUCAGUUACAUGUAUCUGGAGGAGGUGUUCAGGACGUACAACGUGGCGAUGGAUUACCCGACGGUGGCCAUGAUUAUCUGGAACUUCGGGGCGGUGGGGAUGAUCUGUAUCCACUGGAAAGGGCCUCUGCAGCUGCAGCAGGCCUACCUCAUCAUGGUCAGCGCCCUCAUGGCCCUCAUCUUCAUCAAAUACCUGCCUGAGUGGUCCGCCUGGGUCAUCCUGGCCGGCAUCUCUAUCUACGAUCUGGUAGCUGUACUGUGCCCUAAAGGUCCCCUGAGGAUGCUGGUGGAGACGGCGCAGGAGAGGAACGAGCCCAUCUUCCCUGCUCUCAUCUACUCGUCUGCUAUGGUGUGGAUGGUGGGAAUGGCCAAUCCGUCUCCAGCUACUACUGCAGAUGAGGAAGCGCUUCAUAACGAGGACGGGGUGUUGGAGAGGGAAGGGGCGGAGCCUGAGAGUCAGAGCAGGAGUCACUCUGUAGCGGAGGACCUGGAGGAAGACAGGGGCGUGAAGCUAGGAUUAGGAGACUUCAUCUUCUACAGCGUUCUGGUGGGGAAAGCAGCAGCUACAGGCGGAGACUGGAACACCACGCUCGCCUGCUUCGUGGCCAUCCUUAUCGGUCUGUGCCUGACUCUCCUGCUGCUGGCCAUCUUUAAGAAAGCUCUCCCGGCUCUGCCCAUCUCCAUCGCGUUCGGCCUCAUCUUCUACUUCUCCACCGACAACCUGGUGCAGCCGUUCAUGGACAGCCUGGCAGCUCAUCAGUACUACAUCUGAUCCCGGAGACUCGCCACCGUCGCCGCCGCCGCCAAGCCAUAACGACACAACCAGCGCCCGCCAAUGUGAGAAUAACUACAAAGUCUUUUAUUUACCCUCGUACGUGAGAACGCUGGAGGCAGGACGUGCUGGUGAUCGCCGUCGCUCGUCGCUCACGGAGACGCGGCCCACGUAACGUCUGCAGCCCUGCGAUGAUUUUUAGAAUAAGUCCUGAUCUGGGAUCAGAUCUCGCCAUUCGUAUUCAGAUUAAUAACUGGGUAUGAGAAGCAACAACUGACCCUAGAUCAGAUGAUGUUCGGGGCGAAGGUGGUUCAGCUCAGAGCUUUCUUUCUGGGCUUCCCAGAUGCUCUUCGAAGGUUUUUUAUAUAUGUUUUUUUUUUUUUUUCAGAUUCAAAGUCGAACACUGCUUUAUUAGCAAAUGUUAGCAUCUGUAUUGAUCCAGAUGUUGAGAAAAUGCCAUAAAAGAAGAGGAACCAAUAGAUACAAAUCAAAACAUGACUAGAAACACAGAACACUAGUAAUGAAGAAUUAAAGUCUUGGUCAGAUAAACCUCCACCAAAAAAAAAAAACCAAGCCACCGGGUUCUUAAGCUUGUGGUAUUUUUGUUAGAUAAAAAAAAAAUGGUGUUAGCAGUGUUAGUGCCAGAUUCUGAAAGAAUUAAAGGAAAAAUCAAAUGUACACAAUGUCCACUUUACCACAAACGUCAUUUGUAAUGGAGCUACAAGGAUAAUGUAGGCAGGAAAGAAGGGAAGAGUAUAGCUACACGUUUAGCAUCAUGCAGUCAUUUAUAACUGAUUAGCACUGGACAAAACAGUAAUCGAAAAACAACACGGUCUUCACGUUAAGUGCUUUUGGCUCCGUAGGAGUAUCGUUAUCUUUAUAAUAAUAACUACAAUCUACUAUUAAAACAAUGAACCUGUAACCUAAAUAGAAUUAUUAUUAAGCCUGGCUAAGCUUUAACGCAUUGAAUAUCGAUUCAGAAAUCGUGAAAAUUCAAUACUAAUUCCAAAACCUCUACAAAUCGAAUGAAUUGUGGCUGAAUACGAUUACACAGAGUCAGAAUGAUCACGAAGACGUCUGUUUGAGACACUGAACAGCGCUACAAAGCCGACUGAGGCGACGCAACUGCGACGAUUCACACUCUUCCAUUCACAAACUUCCAUUACUCCUUAGCUACAUUAGCCUCGUACCUCAGAAGUAAACGUAGUGAACAUCAGGCACCGGACGUGUCUCGGCUAAUCGACUACAUUUUAUUUUACGAGGUUACGUGAGAAACCGAAGUGUUUUAUAGUUAAUUCACAAAGAGCUGUGUUCUUGUGCGUGUUUUUUUCACUUUGCUCAUUUUAGCUAUUUACAGUGCAUUUAUGUCUAACGGCUAAUCUUAUGAUCUUGAAUUGUUUUUUUUUUUUUUU